AUGGCGACUACAGGAUUAGUCACAGAUUUGGUGAACGAACUAUCCCUCACUGCCGAGACGAAAUGGGAAGAUGUAUCUCUCUUCACACCAUACUUACACGAUCAAGCCCUACUAUAUGAGUUUGCGGAUUGUCUUGCAGCUCAGACUUUCCUUCGUAUGGCUCAAUUACCAUAUUCAGUGAAGCAACGACCGAAUGCAGAGUUCAUUUCAUCCACAGGUCACAUCCCCUUCUUGAAAACACAGAAGCUUCUAGUUUCUGGAUUCAGUAACAUCGUAGAGUUUGUAUCCCGUAAAGGUGUUUCACUCUCUUCUGAUUUGCAAGAAACACAAAUAGCGGAAAUGAGAGCACAAAUGGCAGUUAUCGAUCAUCUCCUUCGUAAUGUUGAAAUUUACCUUGUUUGGAAGCACGAUGAGACCUAUCGAAGUGUGACUAAAGCUCGAUAUGGCUCAGUCUAUUACUGGCCUUUAAGCUAUGUACUUCCAACGUUCAGAAGAAGAGAUAUGCUCACCAAACUUCAGGACGCCGAGUGGCGUGAUAAAACGAUGGAAGAAGUUGUUGAGCAGAGCGAAAAGGCGUUCCGUUCACUAUCUUUCCAACUUGGGACAAAUCCUUUUUUGUUCGGAGAUUCCCCUACUGAAGCUGAUGCUUUGAUGUUCGGACAUCUAUUCACGAUUUUGACGGUUCGAUUACCCGCCAUGGAUGUUUUCAAUCUUCUGAAGAAAUUCCCGAAUCUGAUUGAAUUCACUCAAAGAGUAAACCGAGAUUUCUUCAAACAGUAG